CCUUGCAUUGCUUCCUUGCUUGCCUUCAACCUUUAGCAGACAUAGCUAUGGCUACUGAAAUGGUGAUGGUUGAUGAGAUACUUUUCCCCUCCCAAAUCACAACCACCAAGCCACUCUCACUUUUUGGUCAUGGGAUUACCGAUAUUGAGAUUCACUUUCUGCAAAUCAAGUGCACAGCGAUCGGAGUUUACCUUGAACCUGAAGUUGUUAAACACUUGCAACAAUGGAAGGGUAAGUCUGGAAACGUGCUAGCAGAAGAUGACUUCUUUGAGGCUCUUAUUAAUGCUCCGGUGGAGAAAUUUCUGAGAGUUGUGAUGAUCAAGGAAAUCAAAGGAUCCCAAUAUGGAGUGCAACUAGAGAGUGCCGUGAGGGACCGAUUGGCGGCUGACGACAAAUAUGAAGAGGACGAAGAAGAUGCCUUAGAGAAAGUUGUCGAAUUCUUCCAGACUAAGUACUUCAAGAAGGAUUCAAUCAUCACAUACCAUUUUCUAGUAAAUUCAGCCACUGCAAAAAUGAAGUGUAACCCACAAGUCUACUCCUCUCGUCGCAAGACCCACAAGGCCCAUUUCAUGGCUCCCUCGUCUGUCCACCGCGUUUUGAUGGGCUCACCACUUUCAUCCGUUCCGAGAUCCGACUCCAAAACAGGGUCGCUGCUACUCUCGUUCCUCACAGGUUUUUCAUUACUAGCUCUGUUUAAAAUCUAA